GAGAGGCCAUGGAGCAAGGCCUCUCACCUGUAUCCCUGUGCUGCUGGGCUGUGCUCUCCCUGCAGGAGAGGCCAUGGAGCAAGGCCUCCGGGACUGCUGCCGCUCCAUCCGCAUCGGGAAGAUCCUGAUCCAGAGCGACGAGGAGACCCAGCGAGCCAAGGUGUACUACGCCAAGUUCCCUCCAGACAUCUACAGGAGGAAAGUCCUGCUGAUGUACCCAAUUCUGAGUACUGGUAACACUGUCAUUGAGGAUGUCAAAGUGCCUGUAGAAUAUGAUGUACAAGGUGUCAUGAUCCUGCUCAGCCUGUUCUCUACACUUAUGACACACUGAGACCUUUGGUGUCUCUCGAAAGGUGCCAAAUCCAUCAUCCAGGAAUUCCCAGAAAUCACCAUUUUAACUACAGAAGUGCAUCCUGUUGCACCAACACACUUUGGACAGAAGUAUUUUGGAACAGACUGACAAUCUCAGAACAACUGGAUGUGACUCUGUGACAUUACAAGAGGUUUUUUUCUACGUUUUAUUCUUGUUGGGUUGUCAAGGGCACGUUUGGGAACCUUUCUGGUCAAAGGGGGAAAUACUUGACUUAGGUGAGUUCUGGCCUGAACAGGGGUCAGGUACAAAGCACUCUGGUUACAUGGCCAAGCAUCUCCAUGUUGGGGUUGUUAAACUGCCACACUCUGCUUUAACUAC